UCACUUCGAAGGACUCAGACAACAUUUAAUUUGCACCACCCGACCGCCCUCUGCCCUCAAAUCAGCUCGCCUUCACUUGCUCCCACCAAACAAAACCUACUUGGACCGCGACUUCUUGUCUCUUCCUCCUUCCGCACUCACCUUCAGCAAUAAUCCAUCUCGGACCUGGUCGCCGCCGCCGCCUACAACCACACACUCAACCACCACACCAACAUCUUUACAUCCAUCAAAAUGAAGACCUCUGCUAUUCUCGCUCUCACCGGCGCUCUUGCCGUCAGCGCCCAGUUCCCCGACAACUUCCCCAGCUGCGGUACCCUCUGCGGCAACAACAUGCUUGACAAGGCUGGCUCCGAGUUCCCUUGCGCCCGUGAUGAUGCUUCUUGCUUGUGCCAGCACGUCGACUUCGGCUACGGUGUUCGCGACUGCUCCAUCGCUGUCUGCUCUGAGAGCGACGCCGACACCACCAUCAACUGGGCCAAGAAGUGGUGCGCCGAUGCCGGAGUCGACCUCAACCUUUUCCCCGCCGCUGCUGGUCCUGGCGCUGGUGGCUCCAUCCCCGGUGUGCCCACUACCACUACCACCGUGACCUCCGGCGUCAGCACUAUCCCCUCCAGCACCGUCACUUCCGACGCUUCCUCUGACGGCGCCGGUGCCGGCGGCGCCGCUACCGCCAUCACCACCAGCGAGUUCACCUCGACCUGGACCAGUGGCGACUCCACCGGUACCACCACCGGCACCACCACCAUCUCUGGCAUCUCUGGUGUUGCUGGCGCUACCUCGGUUCCCCAGACCACCGUCACCAGCGAGGUUGUCUCCACUGUCACCUCUGACAGCACCACCGUUGAGACCACCUUUAGCACCACUAUGACCUCGUCCCUCACCGGCUCUGCCCUCAGCUCUGCCCUCCAGAGCCAGGCUAGCAGCACUUCCAGCCCUGGCGCUGCUCCUCACCAGACCGCCGCUCCCAUCGCCGGUGUCCUCGCCGCCGCUGGUUUCGCCGCCAUGCUUCUUUAAGCACCACAUUCAGCAAAUUUUUCCUCUAUUGAGCGGACCUAUUUGACUGACACGAUUUGGAAUGAUGGGUUUUUUUAAACUAAUGAUGUGAUGAAUGGCGCCAAAUCUUAAUGACCUGAAAAAGAAAGGAGUCGGUCUGGC